AUGACAGUGACCCUUCUCUCAUCUCCUCCCGAUCUUACCGAUCUUGUCGUCCGUCGCACUGAGAAGAAGAUCGGAUUACUUGUGUCGCCUCCUUUGGCUGGCAUGUCAGGACCGAUCAAGGGUGAAAUGUUUGUUUGUGAAAGUCAAUUGUAUUUUUACUCUGAGGAGCAACAUUCUGGAAUUUCUGUUGAAUAUCCUGAUAUAAUUAUCCACGCCAUUUCACGUCGCGACGGUUUACCCUCUAUCUACUGUCAGCUUGAUUCUGGUCUGUUUUUCCCUAACCAAGAUCUACCAGAGGAUGAGCAGGAACUUGAAGAAACAGUAACCGAACUCAAGUUUAUCCCUGAGGACAGUGAAUCAUUGGAGAGCAUUUAUGAGGCUAUGUCUUACUGCGCUGGUCUCCAUCCCGAUAAAGAGUUUAUGGACGAUGAGGAAGAAGAGGAUGAUGAUUUUUUCUAUGCUCAGCCUAGUGAUGAUGCUGAAUUGAAUGAGGUCCAGCAAGCAGCUUUGCGUCAUUUGGAGUCUGUUUUUGAACCCAUACCUAACCACACUCACCAAAAUGGUGCCAAAGAAGGGCAGUUUGAUAACCCAAUGGAAGAGUAGAACAUGGUUCUUGUGGAUUUAAGUAUGUAAAAAAAAUAUCUCCACUAACACAAACAAAGAUAAUAGUAGUAAUAGUAAUGAGAUCAUAUUUGUCUGGAUCCCAUCGUGUUGUACUGAAUUUUAUUUAUGAGUGAGUGAGAUAUUGCGUGUAAUAUAUGUCUAAAGGUAUAACACUAC